CCCAUAGGGCAUAAAAAGUGCGGCAACCAUAUAACUGAAGCAUUUAUAAUACUGUCUAAAUGAAAGAGGGACAUUUGGAUUUCAACAGCUAUGAAUAUUCCUUUCAUAAAGAGUGGGUUUUCUUUUUUAUAAUUCCGACAACUCGAACUAACCUGCUACUUCCAAGAGACCUUGUCUUUAUGCAUCAUUAUAUACACGUAAAUAGCUGCAAAAGGAUUUAACAUAUAUCAAUUUUCAAUGAAUAUGAAAAUUCCUUGCAGAGAUAAUAUGAUUACGUUUUAAAGAGAAAACCAUGUCAUUCUUUUGUGGCCUCCUAAGAAUAAAUUACAGGACAACAAUCUACAAGAUCAAAGAAAGGCGAAAUCACGUAGAAAUAGAUGAGUUACGAGGAAGAGAUAGGGUCAAGGUCAGGAAGAAGGCAUCGACUGAAGGUCGAAUCGGGGUCAGAUGAUGACAUCAGUACAAACCCUGAUGGUCAGUGUAACCCAAUCACUGACGACAUAUGUUCUUACAAAAAAUGUCAGAAAGAUAUUUCAUCCAGAAUUAAUCAUGUUAAUGUUAAAGAUCAGGGCAAUGAAAAUGAUUCUGAAAGAACUUAUCUUCGCAUAGUGCAUUGCAGAGGUAGAAAAAUAUCAUAUAAAUCAAAAAGAGAACGGAUUUUUGCUGGCAAGAAAAUAAAAUCAAGAAGAGGAAAAGAUGCAACACAUCAAUCAUAUAAAUACCAUAGAUUGCCUAUUUUGAAACGUGUACAAAGCAUAGAGGCGAUUAUUAGUAAAAUUGAAAGCAACUUCAAAAGAGUUCCACCUACAACUUUUCACAAGGAAAGCAAAGGAAUGUUUGGAAAGGAUCAGAGAAAGAAAUUCAAAGUGCGUUGGUCUUCAAAAUUUGAUAAAUGUGCUAGAAAAGAGAAAAAUCAAGAAACUCAAGAAAAACAUUCAGAGUUACAUUUUGAGAAAUGUGGUAUUCAAAGAUAUUUUCCAGGAAGGCAUUUACCUAUUUAUCAUUCUGGGAAGAGUAGCAGAACCAUUCAUGAAAUUUAUAAAACAUAUAUCAGGGCUAGUCCACUAAUAAUGAAAUAUUCCAACAUAAUAGACAAAAUCAAAGAAAACUUAAGGAAAUUUGAUCAUCAGUAUUGUUCAAGGCAUUAUCAGAAUAAAAUACAGUUAGGUUUUGACAAAAAGGACAGGUAUGUGGAUUUUAAGGAAGACAUUAAGUUUAUUCUGUUUGGAUUACCUCAAAAAAGAAAUGAAUUUAUUCAGCUUUUCCCAGUCUAUGGGAAUUCUAGAAAUCUCGAUGAAUUUGUAGAAAGAGAAAUAAAUCAAAAUCAGGGAAGCAAUGAACAAGAAAACUACAGCCAUUCAUUGAAUUUAGAACUCGUAAGAUUGGGUUCAUUUCACAAUUUUCCAUCUUCCAGCUCAGUGUCAACGGUGAAACUCGCUCGUCAUGGAUUUUAUUAUUCAAGGAGGGAAGACACCGUUAUAUGUUUUGCUUGUGGAUUUAGAAAACAUGAUUGGAAAGAAGACGAUGAUGUUGAAACUAUUCAUAGAGAGGCUUCUCCAAAUUGUCCGAUUUUUAACUCAGAUUGUGCAAGUAAUAUUCAAAUUGGAGGAAAUGGAGCCAACGGUAUCGACGAGAAUUGUGUGUCCCAAAAUGAAGAUCAGCAAGGAAUAAUUGAACCGCUUCCUGAUGGACCAAAUAAUGGAUCCCAAGUUUCAGUCAAUAAUGAAGGUAUAUCUAGAAACGUAAGAGAUUGUCAACAAAGCCAUUCUCCCAAUAGACCACCAAGUGAUCAGCUCACAAAAGCUAGAGCUCAACAGGAAAAGAUUAAUGCAUUCAUUCGAAACCUAGAUCCCCUAGGUAUUAACUUCGACCGUCCAAAGUAUCCAUCGUACGCAGUGUUAGCGGUUAGAAUUAGUUCCUUUGCAGACUGGCCUUCCAGUAUUACACAGACUCCUAGAGACUUAGCCAUAGCAGGAUUUCUCUAUUCAGGAUACGGGGAUUACACCCGCUGUUUCUUCUGUGGCGGAGGAUUACGGAACUGGGAACCUGGCGACGAUCCUUGGAUAGAACACGCCAGAUGGUUUCCGAAGUGUGCUUUUCUAAGACAGAACAAAGGGGACGAGUUCGUUGCCUUGGUGCAAAUAGAACAACAAGAAAAAGAGGGAUCUGGAGGAAUGAAUGGUCAUCAGGACGACCAACGGAAUGCUAUCGUAAACACAUCCAGACAAACCCAGAAUUCUGUACAAGCCAUCACGAUACACCCAGGUUUCCAAAGUUUGCUUGAAAUGGGCUACUCAUCUCCAGAAAUCCAAAAAGCGUUUGAUCUCUUGAAAGAAACGAAAGAACCGAUUGAUAUUAAGGCUGAAGAAUUACUAGAAAUAGUAUUAGCUCAAGAAGAGACAACUGGAGAAAACGCAAGCCCUCCAUCAGCAUCAGGAGGAUUGGGAAACAAAACAAACGAGACUGGGAAAUCAGAACAACCUACAUCAGGCACUCUCAAAGCUAUAAACUCUAAAGAACUGAAUGGAGGGAGUGAUUUUCAAACUCAUAGCCAGAGAGAUCUGAACAGUGUUAGCCAGUCAUUAGCGUCCAUGUCAGUUGAAGAUACAAGGUCACUCAUUGAAGAAAACAAAAGAUUAAAGGAUCUCCGGCUUUGUAAAAUUUGUCUUGAGAACGAGGCUUCUAUCGCCAUGUUACCUUGUGGUCAUCUCUGCUGUUGUCCAGACUGUGCUCCAGCCAUGAGGAAAUGUCCGAUCUGUCGUCAGUUUGUCAAAGGAACCGUUAAAACAUGGCUAGUUUAAUAAUUUUCCGGGUCAUUUUUGUCUUAAAAAUACACUGUAGCACCUGAUUCACUAGAAUCUUUUCGACAGUUUGAUUUAAAUAUCUGCUAAAUUAUUUAAUAACUUUUGAGAUCUUAUCUUCUUACUUAUUCCUUUUUACAAACAGGAUCCGACCUAUUUCGGAUACUCAUGUAGAUUCUUGAAGUAAAGAAAUACUCGGAUAUUACACGGAUUAACUUUUUUUUGCAUGUAAAAUUGAUUAGAUAGAAGUGUUACCUUUUAUGUAAUUUUUCCCCUGACUAUCAUAGGAACAUAUAUGUAUUGUAAGUAAACGAUUAAUAUA